CACUAGAUGUGAGCAGCGUUGGUUUAAGAAUAGCUCUUUAUCAUGUCUGCGUCAAAAAAAAAGUUCACAGCUGCUGCUGAUGUGAGAUGUGUGCGGUGUCAUAAUGGACUAGUCGCGUGUUUUACGCGCGCUCACUAAAGUUCUGAGCGCGUGCUUAGAUCUACUAGUGUCAAGAGCUCUCGCGUCUCUUAACGGAGGAGAGAUCGGAUCAUAUACUGCAGACCGGACAUAAUGGCUACUAUGUUGAGCAAAGAAUUACCGGAUAUCGAGAGUAUCCUCGCCUUGAACCCAAGGGUGAAGACUUAUGCAAAUCUCCAUUCCACCGCCUCUAAGAAGAAUGAGAAGAAGCACUGGAAGAGAAAUCCAGAGAGGAGCUGCGAUUCUUGUGUGAAUUUGGAGAACAACUUCGAUGACAUCAAGCACACGACUUUGAGCGAGCGUGGGGCACUUCGGGAAGCGCUGAGAUGCCUGAAAUGUGCAGAUGCUCCUUGUCAGAAAAGCUGCCCCACCAAUUUGGAUAUCAAGUCUUUCAUCACCAGCAUUUCCAACAAGAACUACUACGGUGCUGCCAAGGCAAUACUGUCUGAUAACCCUCUGGGUUUGACCUGUGGCAUGGUGUGUCCCACCUCUGAUCUGUGUGUGGGGGGCUGUAACCUCUAUGCCUCUGAGGAAGGCCCCAUCAAUAUUGGUGGGCUGCAGCAGUUUGCUACUGAGGUGUUCAGCAAGAUGGGCAUCCCUCAGAUCAGGAAUCCAGAGCUUCCCCCGGCAAAGGAAAUGCCAGAGAGCUACCACACAAGGAUUGCUCUCAUUGGCUGCGGCCCUGCCAGCAUCAGCUGUGCCUCCUUCCUUGCUCGUCUAGGCUAUGACAACAUCACCAUCUUCGAGAAACAGAAAUACAUUGGUGGCCUCAGCACUGCUGAAAUUCCUCAGUUCCGUUUGCCCUACGAGGUGGUGCAGUUUGAGAUUGAUCUGAUGAAGGAUCUUGGUGUAAAGGUUGUUCUUGAAAGGGGGCUGGGGCAGAACGGGAUGACUCUGACCUCGCUGAAGGAGGAGGGCUUCCACGUGAUCUUCGUUGGCAUUGGUCUUCCACAAGCAAACAGGGACAAGAUAUUUGAAGGCUUGACCACAGAACAGGGAUUCUACACAUCAAAGGAUUUCCUUCCUUUGGUUGCAAAGGCCAGUAAAAUAGGCAUGUGUAAUUGCCGUUUGCAGCUGCCAAAGCUGCAUGGGAAUGUGAUAGUCCUGGGCGCAGGAGACACAGCGUUUGACUGCGCCACCUCUGCUCUCCGCUGUGGAGCUCGACGAGUCUUUGUGGUCUUUAGAAAGGGCUUCACCAACAUUCGCGCUGUUCCAGAAGAGAUGGAGGUGGCCAAAGAGGAAAAGUGUGAGUUCCUACCAUUCCUGUCCCCUCGUAAGGUAAUUAAGAAAGAUGGGCAUGUCGUAGGCCUGCGUUUCUGCCGCACAGAGCAGCAGGAUGAUGGCACCUGGAUUGUGGAUGAGGAGCAAAUUGUACACCUGAAAGCAGACUUCAUCAUCAGUGCCUUUGGCUCCAUGCUGAACGAUCCAGCAGUGAAGAAGGCCCUGGAACCAGUAAAGCUGAACGGAUGGGGGACACCUGAGGUGAACUACGAAACCAUGCAGACCAGUGAACCCUGGGUGUUUGCCGGCGGAGACAUCGCCGGCUUGGCCAACACCACCGUGGAGUCUGUCAACGAUGGCAAACAAGCUUCCUGGCACAUCCACAAGUACAUCCAGUCCCUUCAUGGUAAUACAGUAAGCACCACUCCUAAACUGCCCUUGUUCCACUGCGCCAUCGAUACAGUGGACAUCAGCGUGGAAAUGUGCGGGAUCAAGUUUCCUAACCCGUUUGGGCUGGCCAGCGCUCCACCCACAACCAGUGCAGCCAUGAUCCGCAGGGCCUUCGAGCAGGGCUGGGGCUUUGCCCUCACCAAGACCUUUGGCCUGGACAAGGAUUUGGUGACAAAUGUUUCACCUCGAAUCGUGCGUGGGACCACCUCAGGCCACAUUUUCGGUCCCGGCCAGGGCUCGUUCCUCAACAUCGAGCUCAUUAGUGAAAAAACAGCCGCCUACUGGUGCACGAGCGUGGCUGAACUCAAAGCCGACUUCCCCAAAAAUAUUAUCAUUGCCAGUAUUAUGUGCGGUUAUAACCAAGCUGACUGGACUGUGCUGGCAAAGAUGGCUGAGGACUCUAAAGCUGAUGCUCUGGAGCUAAACUUGUCCUGUCCUCAUGGCAUGGGAGAGAGAGGUAUGGGACUGGCCUGUGGACAGCAUUUAUCCAGUGCUCCAGCAUUUCUGUUAUUUUCUUUAUAUUGCCUUCCUGGUGAUGGUCUACGAGGGACAUUUGCAGAGUUUGUGGAGUAGGGGCUGGUGAGUUGUGAUUCUCCAUUCACUGUCUACUCUGCUGAGGAAAACAUCACCAGCCCCACUCCAGACCCAGACAGGCAUAUUGCCCGAACCCACCACAGACCCUGACUCCAUGCCCGCCACGGAGCCUGAGCUAAUACUAAAGGCCAUCUACUUCAUGGAGCCCACGUACAAGGUGGAGUCUGACCAGGUGCUUGAACCGGCUACAUUGUUCGAUCCCUUGGCUCCGCCUCAAUUCACCGAACCCGUCACUCCACCUCAGCCUGUCAACCAGUCGGCUCCACCUUGGCUCCUCCCUCGGCUCCACCUGGGACCGUCAUCCUCCCUCGUCCCUUCGGCUCCACCUUGGUCUGUCAUUGUUCUACCUCCACCACGGAUUUCCGUGCCUUCAGCUGUGCUUUGUCCCUCCACACCUUUGGCUAUGUCUGGCUCCCUCUCCCACAACUCUGCCUUGGUCUACAGUCCCACCAGCUUCGCCUCAGUCCUCUGGCACCCAGGCUCCACCUUGGAUGCUCAUCGCUGCAUCUCCACCUCGGCCUCCAGGACCAUCAGUGUUGCUAGGUCUCUCUGUCUCCUCGUCUCCUACUCUCCUUGCUCCAACCCUGGUGGUUAGACUUCUGACUACACCCUGGCUUCUCCCACCAUCGGUUCUGCCGUGGGCCUUCGUCCUGGCAGGUCAGCUGUAUGUUCCUUCCAUCAUUGCCUCCCUAGCUCCUCCCUCCUUCAUCACCACUGUGGUCCCUCUAUCAGCUCCUCCCAGUUUCUGCCGGUAUCCAAAUUUUUGUCCUUAUCCAGAGCCCCGCCUUCUCUCCUCUGUUGGACUUUAUUUAGUUAGCAUUAAGGUGUGCCUUAAGGGAUGGGGUAUUAUGUCAGGAGUAUGUUUGGUUCAUUGUGUUUUGGUUUGGUUCUGUUAAGUUCCCAUUUGCCUGUGUUCCCUUUGCUUGUUUGUUUCCAUGGUUCCUUAUUAGUACACACCUGUUUCUGUUCCAGUUAACUAGUUCACUCUGAGUAUAAAUAGCCUUCAUUUUCUGUUCAUCCCUGUCCAUUCUCAUGUCUAUUUUAAGUUGGUUUUGUGUAUCUUGUUCUCUUGCAUUUAUCUAGUGCUCUAGCAUUUCUGUUAUUCUUUUUAUAUUGCCUUCCUGGUCAUGGUUCUUGAGGGACAUUUUCAGAGUUUGUGGAGUGGGUGCUGGUGAGUUGCCGUUUUCCAUUCACCGUCUACUCUGCUGAGGAAGACAUCACCAGCCCCACUCCAGACUCAGACGGGCAUACUGCCUGAGCCCACCACAAACCCUACGCGCAUGACUGCCACAGAGCCUGAGCCCAAGCUAAUGCUGAAGGUCAUCUGCGUCAUGGAGCCUGCGUACAAGACGGAGUCUGACCAAGUGCGUGAGCCAGCUACAUAAUCCGAUCCCCUUGCUCCACCUCCAUUCACUGAGCCCGUCACUCCACCUCAGCCUGUCAACCAGUCAUCUCCACCUUAGCUUCUCCCUCCCUUGACUCCACCUGGGACCGUCAUCCUCCCUCAUCCAUUUGGCUCCACCUUGGUCAGUCAUCGCCCUGUCUACACCAUGGACUUCCGGGCCUUCAACUGUGCUUCAUCCCUCCACCCCUUUGGCUCCGUCGGGCUCUGCCUUCCUGCGGCUACACCUUGGUCUUCAGUCCCACUGGCUCCACCUCAGUCCCAGGCUCCACCUCGGAUGCUCAUCACUGCAUCUCCAUCUCGGCCUCCAGGACCAUCUGUGUUGCUAGGUCUCUCUGUCUCCUCGUAUGGAGUAGGCUACCUGUAUGCUCCUGUCAUCGCCGUCGUGGUCCCUCUAUCAGCUCUUCCCAGUUUCUGCCUGUCUCCAGCUUCUCGUCCAGGGCCCCUACCUUCUCUCCUAUCUUGUACUUUAUUUAGUUGGCGUAAGGACUCUUAGUCUUUAUUUAGUUGGCGCAAGGCCUUACAGGAGGGGGUGUUAUGUCAGGAGUAUGUUUGGUUCAUUGUGUUUUGGUUUUGGUUCUGUUAAGUUCCCGUUUGCCUGUGUUCCCCUUGUUGGUUUGUUUUCAUGGGUCCUAAUUUGUAUUAAUUAGUUCACUCUGUGUAUAAAUAGUGCUCAUUUUCUGUUCAUUCCUGUCCAUUCUAUGUUAAGUUGGUUGUGUGUAUCUUGUUCCCCUACGUUUAUACAGUGCUCCUGCACUUCUGUUAUUUUGUUUAAAUUGUUAAAUAAAGAGACUAUUGCAUUA